AGCCCUUCGACAUCUGGGCCCUGCUUCACACCCCCUGCUGCGGCGGUGCUGUGGUCAGAUGUGAUGCCCGUCUCUAUUUUCCACAGGCCCUGUUGCUGCUGGGCGGCAUCGCUCUUUCCUGCCUCGCUCUGGACCUGCUCUUUCUCUUGUUCUACUCGUUUUGGCUGUGUUGCCGCCCCCGGGAGAGCGAAGAACAUCUAAAUGCUGACUGCUGCUGUACGGCAUGGUGCGUCAUCAUCGCAACCUUGGUGUGCAGUGCUGGAAUUGCUGUUGGCUUCUAUGGGAAUGGAGAGACCAGUGAUGGCAUUCACCGGCUGACGUACUCGCUGCGCCACGCAAACCGCACUGUGGCAGGUGUCCAAGACCGGGUACUAGAUACCGCAGUGGCCCUGAACCAAACAGUAGAACCAAACUUGCUCAUCCUGGAGGAGAUGUUUACGAAGCAGACUGACUACCUGCAUGUUAUCCAGAAACUGCAAGGUCUCUUGGAUGAUCUGGUCAGACAAACAACUGAGAUCCCCUUUUGGAAGAAUGAAGAGCUGUCUCUGGAGGAGCUGGCAAUUCAGAUUGACCUUUAUGACUGGUACAG